AUGCAGGUUAAUCACCACAAGAAGACACCGGAGCAGUCUGUCGAAGAGACAGACGUCCAAGCAGUACAGACCACUGACCAUAAUUAUGAUGACCUAGAGCAGGCUGGGUCCAAGGCAGCUUUCAAUUCGAAGAGAGCCUUGUGGGCAUUUCUAGUUCUAUGCUACUCGACAGGUCCAACGUUCUCCAUGGUCUCGAACUAUGUCACUGUCGCAAUCCUAUCAGCAACCAAUUACUUGGGACACCAGAGAGGAUCUACUAAGCCAUGCCCUCGACACGGCACAAAUAUCAACUGUCUGGUGGCAUUCGGCGGAGGGGAAAUUGACUACAACAGCUAUCCGUUGUAUCUCCGAGCAAUCAGUCGCGCAACAGAAGGCGUGGUCGCUAUCCUUACGGCUGGAUUGGCAGACUUUUCUUGUGCGUAUACCCCAUCAAGUUGUUUGGUCGCCAGGGCUAAUUCGUAUGAAGACUACCGCAAGACGAUGAUGAUUUCCUCCAUAUUGUUGCUUGGUGCCCUGGCCUUGCCUUUCGCUGGUUUAAAAGGCCGAUCAUACAGUCAUCUCACUGCCUUGUCGGUACUGUAUUGCCUUUUGACAACUGUCGGAGGCGUCUACACAGUCAUUGAAGGAUCAUACAUUCCGAUCUUCAUGCGAUCGACUGGCUACCUCCGGGACUCGUCCGCCUCAACAACCGGAAAUGAGAGAACAACGUGGAACAAGGGUGUCUCAGUCAGUGUUCUUGCCUUGGUCUCCAGCAAUCUCGGAGGCUUGACGGCCUUGAUUAUUGGAGUGAUUCUUGUCUAUGGACGCGGAUCAUUUGUGAAGGCUGCAUCACGAGCAAGUCGAAUGAAUAUCCGCAAACUAGUAAUUUUCGCUCUCCUUGGUCAAUAUCUCCUGCCAUCGGUGCGCGGCAAAGAAAUCGACAGCGCGAAAGACAACACCCCUUUACUGCUGGCGUUCAGGAAUUGGUUGAUAUUGCUCAAAAAUGCACCGCGCUACUCAGAAGCCUUCAAAUUCUGCAUUGGCUGGGUUCUUUGGAACACAGGGUACGCCAACCACCUUCAGCUCAUGGGAGCACUCUUCCUUCAAGUCACCGGCUUCAACCGAGGCUCGGGUGUGUACUCAGUAUGGUCCUUUACCAGCGUGAUAUUCGCUUGUCUGGGCUGUCUAUCCUUCAUGUAUCUCUACUCCCGACUCCGAGUCUCAUGUUCGGUGAAAUCAUAUGCAUACGCAUUUCUCACGGUGAACAUCCUCUGUGUUCUGUGGGGCUGUAUCGGAAUCAGUAAUGUUUCCAUCGGCUACAAACAUCAAACAGAGUUCUGGGUUGAGCAAGUGCUGUUUAUGUCCACUGGCAGUGCGCUCCGGGCGUAUAACCGUGCUAUCUUUGCUUCUAUGAUUCCGGAGAAUUCGGAGGCACUGUUCUUUGGUCUGGAGAUUACGCUCGAUCUUGCUACCGGAUGGAUCAAUCCUCUUGUCACGGGUAUUAUUCAGAAUCGGACGCAUAAUCUUCGCUUUCCUAUGAUUCCUAACUUAUUGCUUAUGGCUGUGGGAUUGGGGUUCUAUUUGACGGUCGAUGUUUCUAAGGGGAUUGAAUAA